AUCCAUCUGCUGCAACCAUGGCUGCCAAGGAUCAUGUUAAUGAGAUGAAGGAACUUACGAGCGGCGUGACUGAAUUGAUUGGUGAGUUUUGGAAUGGUUUAGAGGAUCUGUCACCAGCGGGAUCCAGCGAUCCGGGUCAUCUUCUUGAUCAACUUCCCCUGGAAGCUCCUCAACAUCCUGAUAAAUGGCAAGAUCUAUUGGAUGAUGUCAGGAAGAUGAUCAUUCCAAACAUGCCUCACCUAUCGAGUCCUAAUUACCAUGGAUAUGUGGAGAUUGGAACAUCUGCUCCGUGUGUGGCCGCAGCCCAACUUAUCGCUGCUUUGACCUCGCCAACAUGUACUUGGCACGUGAAUGGAACUGGAACAGAGCUUGAGAUGCGAAUGACAGAUUGGUUGGGUAGAAUGCUGGGACUACCUGAUCAAUUUCUAUUCAGUUCAGGCAUAGGCAAUGGCGGAGGUGUUAUACAGGAGAGUGCGAGUGGCAGUUGUAUUUUGAUGCUUGUUGCUGCAAAGAGACGUGCCCUUGACAAACUGCGUCAGACAGAUAGAGAUUUAGAUCCAUAUGAUGUCUCGUCUAAGUUCGUUGCUUUAAUGAGCGACCAGGCUCAUUCUAGUAUCGAACGUUCUGGGUUUGUAGCUGGGAUUCGAACCCACAUCCUACCAACCGAUGAGACAGGAUCACUCAGAGCUCAGGCUCUUCUUGAUGGCAUAGCUAAAGUCAAAUCACUAGGAAGGAUACCCAUUUUUCUCGGUGUUACCCUAGGGUCGACAACAACUUUGGCUUUCGACGCUCUCGCAGAAUUGGCUCCUAUAUGUCAUGAUGAGGGAAUAUGGGUCCAUGUAGAUGCUGCCAUUGCUGGCUCUGCCUUUCUUUGUCCUGAAUUCAGAUAUCUGAUGGCUGGGAUUGAGCUUGCGGAUUCUUUCAACUGCGGACCGCAUAAGACAAUGUUAGUGACGAUGAGCUGUUCAGUUCUUUGGGUCAAAGACAGAACAACUGUUGAGAGCUCACUAGCCAUUGAUCCUCCGUACCUUGAUUAUCAUCCAGAAAAACCUCACGUGGAUUACAGGGUAAGAGUGAUACUGUAUUGGUCGUAA